UCUUUAUUUUUAAGGGAUUAAAACACUAGUUCCAAAAACAAAACACCCACCUCUACAUCUGCACCCCCCUCUUUCUCAGUGAGUGGGAACCAAAGCUCAACCCACUAGAUAACUCAAGCCAACAACUCAGGAGUCCUGUACUUCUCUGUCGGGUUGACAAAUCCUGUCAAUCUAUCCUGUUUAAAAAUAGUUUAAGUAUAACUGGCAUUAGUUUCAGGCAUAUGACAUACUUUGAUAUUUGUAUACACAGUGAAAUAAUCACCACAGUAAGUGUAGUUAUCAUUCAGUUUCCCCUUUAUUUAUUCCUCUGAUGGGUCCCUAUCCGGUGUGCUAGCUUGUGCCCCUAGUUCUGCUUUUGACCUCUCACAGUCCAUUCUCCAUGCAGCCACUGGCGAUAUUUUUAAAAACAUCUGAUGCCCUUGCUUUAAACCCAAAAGUGGCUUUUGGUCAUCCUUUUAAGGAGUAAACAGGGAACGGUGUAGCUAUGGGUCAAGCACUACAAAACAUCAAGCGUCUCAUUUAAUUCUUGCAGCCAUCUUCCAAGGUACAUGGUAUUACCGUUCUCAGAAGACAAUGAAUUUACAGAUAAUAGGUAACCUGCACACCCUCAUUCAUGAGCUGCGUCCCCAACUUAUCCAUAAGUUGGGGCUCAGUCUGAAACCUUUCAGAAAUUUACUCCAAAGCCAUUUAAACCUUUACAUAAAAAUUCUACGUUGCCACCCAAGACACGAACAAUGGGUGAUGGUCUACCGUGGCUUUUUACAAAAUGCCCACGAUGAAGAGAAUGCUACUCAACGGAAGGAAGACAGGCCAUUGCCCACUGACAGUGGGUAGCAGACCUCAGGACUAGAGCUAAGUAGUAAUCAGCUUACCCAACGUGGGACAGAGUCGGGCGGGAGCGGUGGCGCAUGCGCAGACCCCUCUGCCGGCUGGCCCCGCCCAGCAUCCACUAUUUAUUCCCAGAAUUCCUCUGUGUCGCCCCACAACGGCUGGACCGUUCAGAGACUGCGGCGGCCCGGCGCGGCGGCGUCAAGAUGGCGGCUGCGGCAGUAGCGGCGGCGGCCGCAGCAGCCGCAGCAGCAUCUCUGCAGGUCCUGGAGAUGGAGACCAUGGAAACGGCUGCCGCCGGCUCCGCGGGGUUGGCCGCCGAAGUCAGAGGCAGCGGCACGGUGGACUUCGGGCCCGGGCCCUGCUUAUCUGUCAUGGAGGCGAGCGGGGGCGAUCCGGGCCCCGAGGCCGAGGAUUUCGAGUGCAGCUCUCACUGCUCAGAGCUGUCGUGGAGGCAGAACGAGCAGCGGCGCCAGGGCCUCUUCUGCGACAUUACCUUGUGCUUCGGCGGUGCCGGAGGCCGCGAGUUCCGUGCCCACCGUUCGGUGCUGGCCGCGGCCACCGAGUACUUCACGCCCCUGCUGUCGGGUCAAUUCUCCGAGUCCCGCUCAGGCCGAGUGGAGAUGCGCAAGUGGAGCUCCGAGCCCGGACCCGAACCCGACACCGUGGAAGCCGUUAUCGAAUACAUGUACACCGGGCGCAUCCGCGUCAGCACGGGCAGUGUGCACGAGGUGCUGGAGUUGGCCGACAGGUUCCUGUUAAUUCGUUUAAAAGAAUUUUGUGGAGAAUUUCUUAAGAAGAAACUUCAUCUCUCCAAUUGCGUGGCCAUCCAUAGCUUAGCUCACAUGUAUACCCUGAGCCAGCUUGCUCUGAAAGCUGCUGACAUGAUUCGGAGGAAUUUCCACAGAGUGAUCCAGGACGAGGAGUUCUAUACUUUACCUUUCCACCUUAUUCGAGACUGGCUGUCGGACUUGGAAAUUACAGUUGAUUCCGAAGAGGUUCUCUUUGAAACAGUUUUGAAGUGGGUUCAGAGAAACCCUGAAGAGAGGGAGCGAUACUUUGAAGAACUGUUUAAAUUGCUCAGACUGUCCCAGAUGAAACCUACUUACCUAACUCGGCAUGUCAAGCCAGAGAGGCUGGUGGCCAACAAUGAAGUCUGUGUCAAGCUGGUGGCCGACGCAGUGGAGAGGCACGCCCUGAGAGCGGAGAACAUACAGUCGGGCACGUUCCAGCAUCCCGCUACCCACGUCUCGUUGUUGCCUCGCUAUGGGCAGAACAUGGACGUGAUCAUGGUCAUUGGGGGCGUGUCAGAAGGAGGAGACUAUUUAAGUGAAUGUGUAGGGUAUUUUGUUGAUGAAGACAGAUGGGUCAACCUGCCCCACAUUCAUAACCACCUGGAUGGACAUGCAGUGGCGGUGACAGAUUGCCACGUGUAUGUUGCUGGAUCGAUGGAACCAGGGUUCGCAAAAACUGUGGAAAGGUACAACCCAAACUUUAACAUAUGGGAACAUGUGUGCAGUCUGAUGACAAGGAAGCAUUCUUUCGGACUGACGCAAGUCAAAGGGAAGCUCUAUAGCAUUGGAGGACAUGGCAACUUUAGUCCUGGCUUCAAAGAUGUCACUGUUUAUAACCCCGAGCUUGAUAAGUGGCACAACUUGGAAUCGGCACCGAAGAUUCUUCGAGACGUCAAAGCACUAGCCAUUGAAGACAGGUUUGUGUACAUCGCCGCCCGCACUCCUGUGGACCGGGACACCGAAGAUGGACUGAGGGCUGUCAUUACUUGCUAUGACACGGAGACUCGACAGUGGCAGGAUGUGGAAUCUUUGCCGCUUAUUGACAAUUACUGCUUUUUCCAAAUGUCCGUGGUCAAUUCAAACUUUUAUCAGACCGCAUCAUGCUGUCCCAAGAGUUAUUCUUUGGAAAAUGAAGAAGCCGUCAGAAAGAUCGCCAGCCAAGUUUCCGACGAGAUCCUUGAAAGCUUACCUCCAGAAGUCCUAAGCAUCGAAGGAGCAGCCAUCUGCUAUUACAAGGAUGACGUCUUCAUUAUCGGAGGCUGGAAGAACAGCGACGACAUCGACAAGCAGUACCGGAAGGAAGCCUACCGGUACUGCGCGGAGAGGAAGCGGUGGAUGCUGCUCCCCCCCAUGCCGCAGCCUCGGUGCCGAGCCACAGCCUGCCACGUGAGGAUCCCGUACCGGUACCUGCACGGCACGCAGAGAUACCCUAUGCCUCAAAACUUAAUGUGGCAGAAAGACCGGAUCAGACAGAUGCAAGAAAUACAUCGGCACGCCCUGAACAUGAGGCGAGUGCCCAGCUCUCAGAUCGAGUGCUAGGUUCUCGAAUUCGUGCGGCCUAAGACGGUUCCACCUGAUUCGUGAGGGUGAAGAUAUCCAGACUGUUACUUGAAAAAGUAUGUUGAUAACUUAUUUUCUACAGGAAUUGAUUGUUGCCCCCUAUAAAGGAAAUGUAGUUGAAACCAGAAGACUGGGAAACUCAGUACGUGGUCAUUUUUGUUAGCUUGCAGCCGUUCUGUGUCUGCCGUCUCUGUCUCUGGUUGGUGUGUAUGUGCUAGCCAACAAACAAGAUCUCAUUAAAGACACGUGGGAAAACCAGGUGUAGUGACUUGGCUUGUUUUCUGCCAAGAAGUUCUGACCCCUUUGUCUUAGGGAUUUAGGUGUUGAACAUGCUUUAAGCACCACUUUUAUUUGCACAUUUACCUUGGUGCUUCUUUUCAUUUUCUCCUGAAUGGUUGGUUUUGACAAGAUCGGAACUUACCCAUGGAGCCCUCAUCUGCCUCGUAAGAGGUCUGUGCAGCAGACUGAACGUUGAAGGGAGAAGCACAAUAUUUCAGCAAGAUGGUUUUAGAGUGUUUGCAUUGAUAUUUUGUUUAUCCAGAAAUGCUCUUCUGUUUCCUUCCAGAGAAGAGAUGACUGAUGAGGAAUUUGUGAUUGGCUCAUGCAUUUUUUGAAUAUUUUUCAUUUCUCUAGCAACCAAGUUAUCAACUUCAAGCUAUCACUCUGUGGUGAUGGUAGUUGGCAAAAGUAUUGAUCUUUAACUGAUUGAAUACAGAGGACAUUAUAUAUAUAUGAAAUUCACUUCUCUGACAAGUGUUAGUAUAGACCAAGAAAUCAAAGGCAUUAAAACAUUUUUAAAUAGUUUCUUCAGGAGUUGCAGGCUUAUUGGAGGAUAAGUUAAUGAGUAUAAAUAAAUAAUGCCUAUGACAAUCGACACUCAAUGCCUUCAAUUUUAAAUUUUGCCCUAAUACAUAUUUAAUAGAAUCCUCAUUUCUUUCUAAAGUAAACUUUUUUUCUUUUAAAUGGGAAGGAAAUAACAAUUUGGAGAAAUGUUGCUAAAGAGAAGCCUUACUGUUUCUCAGCCCUGAUGGUUGUGUUACAUCCAGUUGCCCUAGACCUUUUUUGUAAUGAGAGUGUGUUUGAGCCUUAAGUGACCAUGUAGGCGGGGAGCGAGACCUCAGAUGCUCCCCAGUCGCCCUGGACUUUCAAUGAAACUUAACUUGAGCCUAGAAUAUAAAAUUUAAGUGUGUAAUUCUGGCUCUUCAAAAUGUAUUACUGUAGCUAUCUUUUAUUUGUUUUUAUGCAUUCUUCUGAUUCUCUUACACACUCCCAAGCUUUAUACAAAUUAACACUCAGGUUGACGGUUUUAGCACUCAGUAACUUCUGCUCUUACUGUUUGCAGUGGGGUCCAGUGUAUUUUUCUUGUUUUUUUUUUUUUGGAAAGUCUCUAGUUUCUUAGACAUUCCAGAAUACUGUCCUAGAAAUUAAAUUCUAAGUGAUUUUUUUUUGUUCCCUACUCCAUUCUGGUUAACCUCCUUAUUAGUCAUAUCAAACAUUAAAAAAAAAAUACAACCAGAAAGUUUAGCUCUCAGUUUGCUACAAGACUAUUCGUGCUUAAUCCUCAGACUCUAUAGUAAGAACUUUCCUGAAAUUUCCAAAUGGAUAUCCCUGCCUAGUACAGUUUUUCAAUAAACACGUUGGAAAUCUGCUUUAAAAGCAUUUAAUUUAGGCCUGGCCACUGGUGUGGUUGGCUGGAGGGCAGUCCAGUCCACUGAAAGGCUGUGGUUCCUGGUCAGGGCAUGUACCUAGGUUGCGGGUUUGAUCCCCAGUUGGGAGACAGUGGAUCAAUGUUUCUCUCUCUCUCCCUCACGCUCUCUCUUGCCCCUCCUUCCUCUCUCUCUAAAAUCAAUAAACAUAUCCUCGAGCGAUGAUUAUAUUUUAAAAAUAAUAAAAAAUUUAGGGGUAGGAGACUGCAAGUCAUAUUUCUAUGUGAGGAUAUAGUAUCCUACCUAACCUCAACCAUUUUCUCAAUUUCUCUGUAUUUGUAGUUACUUUAAUAAAAGCCAUUGGAUCCUGAAAAGUGCAAACUCUUAGUGAGAGGUCUAUGCAAGUAAGACAGAAAAGCUCACUGGAUGAAGUUCUCAUUUCUCUCUGAUGGACUGUGCUAGCAAACUUCCUUUUCUUGGUUGUUUAAAUAAUUCAGCAGCUCACUAGGAUGCCAGUUUCUUUCUAGAAGGUGCCAUAUAAGGAUUUAGGGCUGUGUUUUUUUGUGUGUGUUUUGUUUUGUCUGGUUUUCCGAGACAGUCAUGACCAACUUACGUGGAGGGAUGUCUGUCUUUCACAUGAUGUGGCAGAAAUUCUAACUCAAGAUUUAGGUAUAAUCUGGUUUUGAAAACUUGAUUGAAAUUGUUGUUUUUUAACUUAGCAGGCGGCCCGGGCCAUGGGUGGAGAGAGGGGUAAGUCCUUCCGUGCAUGGUGGCGCACGCGUGCGGGUUUUCCUGACUGCUGGCCUCCUGACUUCCGUGUUUGAGUUCACACGUGUGGUUCCCCACCAAUAACUUGUGUUUCUGAAGUAUCCGAACUAACUCGUUAAUCAGGAAAGAAACCAGAUUUGCUUAAAUCUGUUCAAGGCUGACAUUCUGAAAUUCUAUUGGAAAUAACCUCCUGGCAUUUCUGGAAAGGUUCUGAUUAUGAAGAGCCUAAAGUGGCUCUUUGGGGGUGCAGAUGUCCUUUUGGGUGAAAACUUACAAAGAUUGUGUUUUGCAAUUGAAGCAGUUAAAACUACAGCUUUAAAAAUACAAUGUGUAUUUAAGCAAACUUUUUUUUUGUUGCUUUUGGUUUGGUGGAAGGAAAAGAGUAAUUGAUUAUAUAAAAAGUAACAACUCUACAUAACUUUGAGUGAAGCUUCUAUCUCAGAGUGGAUGUCUUUUAGCUCUACCUUCCAACCAUGGUUCCUUAAAAAA